GGUAGGGCGGUUCGGCCCGGAGUGCCCGCGGCGCCGCGCUCCUGCAAGAUCCCGGCCGGCGUGGCAUGGGCGCUGGAGCCCAGCAGAACUGGGCCUGCUCCUGACUCUGCACCUCAGUAGCUGUCUGACCUGGGCAGGAGAGCUGGCCCCUCUGAGCCUCAGUUUCCCCAUCUGUAAGGUGACGCGGUCGCCCCUGCCUUGGUGGUUGGUGGUAAUGGAUGCACCGCACCUGCCCAGCACCUGACACCCAGCAGAUUUAUCUAUCCACCCAUGAACAUUUGUGAGCACCUGCUAUGUGUCAGUAUCUGUCUCAGGUACCUUGAUCAAGAUAGCAGUGAUCAAGAUGGGCAGUUCACAUUCAAAUGCGAACAGCAGGCUGAGUUCAGUGGUGCUGGACUCCUCCUGACUCGGAAGUUGUUGAUUUCCAUCCUGGAUGCUGGGAGACCCCAUGGCAGCCACACGAGUUGUUGAGCAGACAUCCAGGUCCCUACUGAACCAGGGACCCACAGGAGCAUGGAUAAGGGCCCCAUGGCACUGCUGUUUGGGAGCUCCAAGAGCCCCACGCACACCCCCCGCAGGUGCCAUGACUCAGCAGCCGCAGGAGGGCUUCGCCAGGAGCUUGGAGGACGCCCAGGAGUGGAUGAAAGCUGUGCAGGAGCGGCUGCAGGUCAAUGACAACACCCAGGGGCCCCGCGCGGCCCUGGAGGCCAGGCUGCGGGAGACCGAGAAAAUAUGCCAGCUAGAGCCAGAGGGCCGCCUGAAGGUGGACAUGGUGCUGCGGGUGGCUGAAGCCCUUCUGGCAUGCUGCCAUGAGGACCAGAAGCCCGAGAUCCUGGCCCGGCUGAGGGACGUCAAAGCCCAGUGGGAGGAGACGGUCACCUACAUGACCCACUGUCACAGCCGAAUCGAGUGGGUGUGGCUGCACUGGAGCGAGUACCUGCUGGCCCGGGAUGACUUCUACCGCUGGUUCCAGAAGAUGACGGUGGUGCUCGAGCCCCCUGUGGAGCUGCAGCUGGGCCUGAAGGAGAAACGCUGGCAGCUGAGCCACGCCCAGGUGCUGCUGCACAACGUGGACCAUCAGGCCGUGCUCCUGGACCGGCUGCUGGAGGAGGCGGCCUCCCUGUUCAGCAGGAUCGGGGACCCCAGCGUGGACGAAGACGCGCAGAAGAAGAUGAAGGCCGAGUAUGACGCAGUGAAGACCAAAGCCCAGAACAGAGUGGACCUGCUGGAGCACGUGAGCCAGGAGCACGAGCAUUUCCAGGUGAGCGUGGACGAGUUCCAGCUGUGGCUGAAGGCGGUGGUGGAGCGCGUGCACGGCUGCAUGGGGCGCAAGUGCCAGCUAAGCACGAAGGACCGUCUCUCGGCGCUGCAGGACAUCGCCAGUGACUUCCCCAGGGGUGAGGAGUCUUUGAAGAGGCUGGAGGAGCAGGCCGUGGGGGUCAUCCAGAACACCUCCCCUUGGGGUGCAGAGAAGAUCACCAAAGAACUGGAGGAGAUGCGGAAUGUUCUGGAGAAGCUGCGUGCACUCUGGGAGGAGGAGGAGGGGCGGCUGCAGGGCCUGCUCAAGUCCAGGGGAGCCUAUGAGCAACAGAGGAGGCAGCUGGAGGCUGAGCUGGCAGAGUUCAGGAAGGGCCUUCAGAGGUUGGCGGAGGAGGACCUGGAACCCGCGGCCAAAGCGGGGACCGAGGACGAGCUGGUGGCCCGCUGGAGACUCUACUCGGCCACGCGGGCGGCGCUGGCCGCGGAGGAGCCUCGGGGGCACCGGCUGCAGGCCCGGCUGCAGGAGCUCAUCGUGUCCCCCCAGGACCCGCAGCCCCUCGCGGACAGUGUGGCCACUGCCAUUCAGGAGCACCAGAGCCUGAAGGCCAAGACCACCAGGCUGCGCAAUGCCGCGGGCACGGACCUGUGGCAGCAUUUCCAGCGGCCUCUGCAGGAACUGCAGCUGUGGAGGGCUCUGGCCCAGAGGCUCCUGGAUGUCACCACCAGCCUUCCAGACCUGCCCUCCAUCCACACCUUCCUGCCGCAGAUUGAGGCGGCCCUGGCGGAAAGCUCCCGCCUGAAGGAGCAGCUGACGAUGCUGCAGCUGAAGAAAGACCUGCUGGGCGGCAUCUUUGGCCAGGAGAGAGCUACGGCCCUGCUGGAGCAGGUGGCAACUUCCGUGAGAGACAGAGACUUACUGCACAACCGGCUUCUGCAGAGAAAGAGCAAACUGCAGAGCUCACUCGCUCAACACAAAGAUUUCGGAGCGGCUUUUGAUCCCCUGCAGAGAAGGCUCUCAGACCUCCAAAUCAGGGUCCACGCUGAGAAUGGGCUUCAGCGGGACCUUCCUGGGAAACAGGCCCAGCUUUCGAGGUUGCAGGGGCUACAGGAGGAGGGGCUGGACCUGGGGGUGCAGGUGGAGGCCAUGAGGCCUCUCGUCCAGGGGAACUCCCACCACCAGCACAGAAUGGACCAGCUGUCCUCUGACCACCAGAUCCUGCACCGGUCUCUGGAGGACCUUGUGGACACGUGCCAACAGAGCGUGCGGGAACAUUGCACCUUCAGCCACGAGCUUCUGGAGCUGCGACAGUGGAUCUCCGUGCUCACACAGAAGCUGGAGGCCCACCGCGGGGACACGGGCCCGUGGGAUGCCCAGUCCCGAGAGGUCGAAGUCGAGAAGCUGCUGGACGAAUUCCCGGGGAAGGAGGUGCAGCUGCCCCUGAUUGAAGCGCACGGCCGGCUGGUGAUGGAGAAGUCUUCUCCGGAGGGGGCUGCUGUGGUCCAGAAGGAGCUGCAGGAGCUGGUGGAGUCUUGGGGGGCCCUGAGGCUGCUGGGGGAAAGCCUGCUGAGCCUCAUCAGAAACCGGCAGCUGCAGAGGAUGGAAGUGGAUUCGGGGAAGAAAAUGAUUUUCACCAACAACAUCCCCAAGACCGGGUUUCUCAUCACCCCCACGGAUCUUAUUUCCCGACACCACCGUCAGGCAACUGUGCGUCAGGAGGAGGAAGGCAGCUGUGAAGAUUUCUCCCAGCUCCUGAGGAACUUCGAGCAGUGGUUGCAGGUGGAUAAUUCCAAGCUGGUUAGAAUCAUCGCCACGAGAACUGCCACCGCCACGGACCUGAGGACCAGAGAAACAAAGCUGCAGGAGCUGGAGGCUCGGUUACCAGAAGGUCAACGUCUCUUUGAAAACGUCCUUCGUCUCAGGCCAGCAGGGGGGUCCUCAGAAAAGCUGGAGGAUCUGCGCUACCGGUGGAUGCUCUACAAGUCCAAACUAAAGGACUCCGGCCACCUGCUGACGCAGAGUUCUCCAGGGGGGGAGCCGACUGGAUUCCAAAAGACCCAGCGGUGGCGAGGGCUCGGCUCCCUCUGCCGGAAGGUGUGCUGCGUGGCGCUCCCCCUGCAGCUGCUGCUGCUUCUCUUCCUGCUGCUGCUCUUCCUGCUUCCCGUCAGGGAAGAGGACCGCAGCUGCACGCUGGCCAACAACUUUGCCCGCUCCUUCACGCUCAUGCUCCGCUACGACGGCCCCCCGCCCACCUAGCCCCCCCGGCGGCGCUCGGGAGACUUUCUUCUCCAAACUUCCAUGUGCCCCAGGCUCCUCCGGAGGAUGCUGGGGAAACUGGAAAGAGGGGCAGGCCAGAGCCUGCCGGGCUGCAUCCAUGUAAAGACUGUAUUGAUGUUCCCAGAACAAAAUUACUUUUUCUACAGUGUUGUCUUAGUCUAUUUAUACUAAACAUGUACUAUGUGGGACUAGGGAAUAAUGCACAGCACUUUUAUAUGCUCUCUAUGUAAAUGCUCAGUAUGUAUGAUUUCAUAUAUGACCUCUAUUUGUCUUUGGGAAAAUUCCCAGCAGUGUUUUUGUCCAGUGGGAUCUUGUGGCAUUUUGGCCUUGGUCUGCAGUCAGCCCUGGAAAGCAGGAACAAUAACAGGUCGCUUUCACGGCCACCUCCUAUCCAGAAGCCAAGCCCUACACCCAGAUGUUCAUGAAGAGGACUCUGAGAUGUCAGCAUAGAAGAACAACACAGGCCCUCACUCAGAGCCCAGUGACUCUUGCUUUAGGUACAAUGAGGACAACCACGCUUGUCUGGUUUUUAGAAUGACAGCAGAUUAGAUACUGUGGAUUAGAAGCAGGAAGGGUGCUGACCCCAGGCAGGCUCAAUGGCAGCAAUGACAAGUGACAAGUGAUGGAGUGAAAUUAAGGGAGGAAACGAUGAACUCCAACAAGCAGACCCAGAAGUAAGAAAGCACAGCAGAACGGGGACCUCAAGGAGCCCGAAUAGCCCAGACCAGUGAUGAAGGGCCAUGGUCGGGACAGUGCGUCUUCAGGGAAUGGUUAGAUCAUGCCACGUGUUCUCCGCUCUGUUCAGGGAGAAAAUGAAGGAGAGGAAGCUUAUCGUUAAGCUUUCCACGCAGAGAAUGAUGAGCACAUUCUGUGUGUAGCCCCCACCUGACAGUGCCGGGGACGAUGCGUUACCUCCGUUGCUCUUAAGCUGAGUUUUUCAUCAUCUGCGACUCAGGCUGAAGGGACAGAGGGCAGCAUCUGCCACGCCAGGGACCAGAGAUCGAGGGUCCAAGGUAGAGAGUGGAGGUCCGCUGUGGAGCUCAGCCUGUCUGAAGGACUCUCCCUCCUCCUCCCAGAAGGGACUUUGGAGAGAGGUGGGUCCUGUGUCCCACAGAUGUGCCCACAAGGGACCCAGGGGCCAGGCGCCCCACCAGGGCCCCUCUGCAGGGGCUUGGCAGUGGGGCCCAUGAACCACCUGGGCCCUGAGGCUAGAAAUACAUCCCUUCCUCCCCAAGGAAUUCUGGAAUGGUUCCUAAGUGCUUCAUCACUGGAUCAUAUUUUCCCUAAAUCAACACUAAAUUUUCCUUUUUUAAAAAAUGCUUAGUUCCCACUCUUUACAAAUUGAUUUUGUCUGUUCAGCUACGCAUAGGAGACCAAGAGGGGAUGCCUGAGGCCUUGGAAAUCACAGGGUUAUAGGCCAAGAAAGACCUUUAAACAGAGGGGAAACCGAAGACCCAAGAGGGUCCAGACCCCCAGCACGUGCCGCUCCCCCCUGCUCUCUGGAGCACACGGACCCGUCCUUUCUAGCGCAAGCCCAGCCCCAGCACAGCUCUCAGUGCAGGGACCCAGGCGGCCCUGUAACUAGGAAGAGCUGGACAUCCACAGGGCAGGAAAACAGUGUCACCGAGAAGGGCUCUCAGCGCUGACUCAGAAAGCACACUUGUCUCCAGAUAUUCAGAAACCAAGCCACAAAGCCGUUCUCCACAGGCGAUCGCUUUACUGGAAAAUCAGGGGCUGUGUAAACGAAGACCUCAGGCCCAGGCAGCUGAGCCCAGAUGCCCACUGGGUUGUGUUGGUCCAGCCCAAGAAGGUCAGCGCUGUGGCCAGGGCCUUUGAACAUCUCCUCUCCCACUCUCCCACUUCACAGCGAGCAGGCAGCGGCCCAGAGAGGGGAAGCAACUUACCCACAGCCACACAGCAAGAGGUGGCCAAGGCCAGAGCUGAGCCUGGUCACCGCUACUCCCAGGCGGCGCCCUGCUUGCUGUCGCCCUAUCCCCCCACCCCCAUCCGUAACUUCAGAAAGAAAAGGCUCGAAGGAUGUGAACACAGUUGUGUCCUGCGUGUGGGCUCGGGGGAGAAGUGUAAUGUGUGGGCUGGUGGGUGGGAGUGUCUGCGUAUAUUUUUUAAACUUUGACAAUGAUGCCAUAGAGCUUGUUUGCAUAACUUUUUAAAAAAAAAGAGAAUUGAUAUUUUCAUUACUUUCACAUAAAUGCGGUUCCGAUAUGAUAUAACCAUCAUUCACUGGUGCUUUUCAAGUGUCAUCUCUUGCUUAAAGUGGGUGCAGACAACUGUGAUUUUUAUGACUUUCUAGCUUCCUGAGCACCAACCUCGAAGAGCUUUAACGUGCCUUUUGAGAAGGGUGUCGCAGUGGGACCUUCGUGUGUUUAUUUUUCCUCUGUCCCCCAGAGUGAGAGAGAUGGUAAGAAGUGUGAACAUCACUGCCCAGCCCAGGGGUGUGUGCGUGCGUGUGUGUGUAUGUGUGUGUGAGAGAGAGAGACAGAGACAGAGACAGAGACAGACAGAGAGAGAGAGAGGAGAGAGACAGAGGAAGGGGGAGGGGGAGGGGAGGAGGAAGGGAGAAACACAGGUGAGCCUGACCAAAGCUGCUGUGACCCUACUUAGCUGUCUCUCGCUCCCCUGAUGAGGGACACCCCUCCCCCAGGGUGGCCACGUCUGGGGCGGUGGGGAGAUGGGGAGAGGUCCCUGCUUGCUCUGUGGAUCCUGAGAUGCCAGCGGCUUCCUUUGAAGUCUGUUACCUGAGUGUCUCUCACUGGUGGCAGCACACUGACCCCCAGCAAGCCUCUUGUGUUCCCAGCCCAGUCGGGAUUGCACCCUGAUUCCCUCUCUCAUGGGAACUCAGCUAAUGGAGUGGCGGCUCUGCCUGCUUCUCUCACCCCAGUAGGAUUGUCACCCGUCUGGGUCAGCAAGAGGAGAGGUGGUCAGGCCAUGAGCUGUGAGCACAGGCCCAGCAUUAAAUACAUGGGCCCUACUUUUCAGGAGCUUUCCCAGAAGCCCCACCCAGACACUUCUGUCGACAUCUCAUUGGUCAGAACUGUGUCACAUGGUUCCUCUGCAUCUCUCAGGAGUCUGGAAACACAUCCUCCAACAAAAUGGGCAUCUCUUAGCGAAAAGGAGGGGUAGAGUGGAUUAGGGUGGCACUUAGGUGUCUCGGCCCCAGUCAUCCUGACCCUCCGUGUCUUGGUCUCCUGCUCUGUCAGCAGAAUUUGGGGGCGUUCGUCAUUGAGGGGUGAAAAUGACCUUCCACCACUGCCCCCCACCUGCCUCCCCAGGUGACGGGGGUCCCUGAGUUUUUCAAGUCCCUCUCCCUCCCCAAGCUGUCACAGCCAUUCCCUCCACACUCAGGACACUUCUAGGUCCACCUUCUUGCAAGACUUGGGAACAGGUAAAUAAACCAAAAUAAAUUAAGUGCCCUUCUUGGCCAGAGUGUGUGCAGGGGCAACCCCCCACGCGCCACCCCGUCCUGGCCGUGUAGGCUCAGGGAUAAGCUUUUUAACACUUGUGUGUCUGCAUCCAGCCCAGGAAAUUUAUAGUUGCUUUAAUUUCUUUUGGAGCAUGAGUUACUCCUGGGUGCAAAUCCUGGAAAGAGAGGCUCUCUUGAGCGUUUCCAGGCUGCCCCCCUUCUCCCCAUUUUCCAGCAAACCGCUGAGGCCUGGAAAGGGAACAUGGGAGGACACAGCCACGGGUGGCUCCCAGCGUCUGACUGAGGGAGCCUCCGGCAGAGGAGCGGAUUCAAAGGAUUUAAAUCAUCAUUUCUCCCUUGGUUUCAAUUACAAGAGAAAGGCCUUCUAUUCGUCAAAGUAAGCAAAAGGGGGAAUUCAUUUUUAAAAGGAAAUUAAAAAGACAAAAGCUCAUGGUUUAUAAACAGAUCUUAAAUCAGAGCACCCAGAGCCUGAAAGAACAGUCAGCCAAUUCAGCAUCCUCCAAUGCCUGCCUUUUGGUUGUCAUGGUAAUGUGACAGCUGCUUACAGGUUGGUACCCAACCAGCUUGCCCAGACAGGGGACAGUAAUCAUACAGAGCAACCUCAGUUUCCCCAAGGGUCCCAGGCUUCCUUUCAGGAAUGCUUACUUCUACGCUCAGCAACCAGAGCACAGGGUGGCAGCCCCGCUUCCUAUUCUGAUGGAAAUGGGAGGGAAGAAACAAACUGAGGACCCGCCAGAUGGCCCUGACUCCUUCCAAAACCCUCGCCAUGGAAUCAUGGUCUUGUUUUCAGAUGCUGAAACCAGAGCACAGAGAGGGUUAGCAACCUGCCUAAAAGCAAACAGCUUGUGAGUGAGUGGUUGAUUUGGGACUUGUACCCCGGGAUGAUGGGCUCCAGGCCUCUCCGUGGAACUUCAGCCUCAGCUACUUUUCUUUCCUUGGCAGGCCUGGGCUGCUGCUACUUUGGCAGCCGGUUAGCUAGUUGAGGGUAAUGUUCCAGAGGAGGGGCUGCAGGGCUUCUCUCUGAUGCCCACUCCCCCAGAGAGCUGACAACACCAGGGUGAUGUGCCGGGGGACAGACACAGGGUGCUUACCAUCCCCUGGAAAAACAGAAAUAGACCUCCUCUUGCAGGGCAGCUUGAGGGCAGAGUUGGCUUUGGGAUGUCGCUGCCUGUAGAACCGUUCUGAUUCCUUCCACUGGAGAAAAAAAGAGGCAUUUCUCUCCAGAGGCAGUGGCCUUGCAUGUUCUAGAGUUUUACAGGCAAGGAAGAAGUGGACAGAGGAUGUUUUGUGUGAAUGUGGUGUGUGUGUGUGUGUGUCUGUGUACACGUAUAUGUGCAUGUGUGCAUGUGUACUACGUGUUCAUCUCCACCCAGAAGCACAGCUACGCAGCCUUGUUUCCAGCCCUGGGCUUCCGGGCAACAGAUAUCACCAGCCUGUGAUCUCUGGGAACCUCAGGGUGACCAUGCUGGACCCAGGAUGUUUCCCCUGAUUCCGGCAUUUUAUGCCUCUUAUGGAAGCAACUGGUUGUUUCCCCUGCUGUUCUCACACAAAGGGAAGGUCAGCUGACCCCCGAGAUCUCUGCCAUCUGGAAACUCCCUCAGGCUGGUUUGGAAACGAUGCCCUCCCUUUUUCUCUGGCUGGCAUACAACCUGCUCUUAGAGGAGGACUUAGCUAAGUGGGUCCUAAUUUGCCCAUUUCUCUCUUGCUCUGUGUGUCUGUGUGUUUUAUAAACCAGUGAUGUUCAAAGAUGCUAAAAACCCAGGAAAUGAUCAUUUAACAGCUUGCGGAUAAACAUAUCUUGGUUUCUGUACAUUUUUCUGCUCUCAACCACUAUUUCUUAAAACAUUUAUAAUCUAAAUAUAUGUGAAUGUGCAAUUACUAGCUCUACAUUCUCUUUUCAUUUAUGUUUGAUUUUGUAGGACUCCACUGAGGAAGUGUCAGCUUUUAUUCUUUUCAUUUGCUUAUUUAUAUUCAUUCAUGUUUUCUUUCAGAAAAUGUUUAAGGCAAGAUUUGAAUGUAUACAUGCUCAACACAAUAAUUGUGAGGGUAGAAAUAACCUGUUUAUUGAUGUACACAAUCUAUUUUUAACCAAUAAAUGGAUUGGCUAGUUUUAAAAGAUGCAUCCAGAAUCAAGAAAGAGAGAGGGAGGGAGGGAGGGAGGAAGGAAAAAAGGAAGGAAGGGAGAAAGGAAGGAAGAAAGAAACUAGUGAUGUUCACAGAAUUUGUUGAGCACCUAAGGUACCAGAAGCAGGAAAAAUGGCAAGUUUCCAGCUUUGGAGGAAUGACCACUUUCCCCUCCAUUUCAAGCCCAAAAGACCAGCCCUCUCAUCCCAAAGCAGGUGAGCCUGGUGGAUCGGUUAGUUUGUCUCGUCACCCCUCUAAAGGGAGGGCUCAGGAACCAGAAGGCACCACACUUCCUCAGAACCCCACCUGGAGGCAUCACUGCGUCCCUGCAGUCUAUCUACCGUCAGUCAAGUCCACAGAGGCCAAGUCAGCCCAUCUUUGCUCUUGACAACCUGGUGACACUAACCUAGUACUGACCAGCUAGCUAUUCAUGUUGGCUGGACUGGUCUGGUUAAUGCACGGUGAGCCAGGCGAGGGCAUGGUGGAGUGUGUGUGUGUGUGUGUGUGUGUGUGUGUGUGUGUGUGUGUAUGUGUGUAUGUUGAUGCUGUGUCCGUGGGCUUUGUUGUCAAAAGCAAACUAAAUUUUUGUCAUUGUUUAAAAUGUUCUAUUAUGUAAACAGUAGACACAGGGACCAUAUCCACUCCCAUCGUAUUAGUUGUGAUUGUAAAACACACAUUUGCCAUAAGUUAAGCUUUCUGGGAAGGCAAGCAGAGUGGGAGCCAAAUGACUGUCUUGGAACAUGUGUGUAUUAUCUUGGUUCAUAUCAAGUCCAAAGCCGGCCGAGAGCCUUCCCUGCCUUCCCUGCUCGGGAGGGAGGGACUCUAGUUUCUUGUCAGUGCUGUGUUUUAAAGUCACGUGAAGUUUUCAUCCCCUUUCUGUUGUUCAAGUUGGAAAUAGCCAUGUUCUCAAAGAUGGUUUGACGGUUUUGCUAUUGCUUUAUGUUUUCUAAAACGUAUCUACUUUAUGUUUGGAAAUAAAAAUCUCUAUUUUGGCC